ACUGACACCUGUCACUUCACUGUCAUAAUUAAAUGAAAAAUAACCUAACAAUUUUGUUUACAAAAUUAAUAUUAUGUUAUAGUUCUGAGACAGUAAUUGUGAAGAAAUCAGAAAAUUAAGAAUAGGAAGAGGAAUGGUCAUUGUCAUUCAUAUAUAUUUAUAUAACAACAUACUAUAGAUGGCCUAGAAGUAAAGUGAAAAAAUAACCAACAAUCUCCACCGUAAACAAGAAUUGUGAAACAAAUACCGAGUUUAACAUUAUUAUGGUAAUAUUAGACACGAUGGAGGGAGUAGGAAAUUUAGAAGAACAGGCCCUGAAACGAAAAGAGAGACUUAAAAACCUCAAACGAAAGCUUCCCAACCCUGAAGACAUUAAAGAAGAAACAUCUAAAGAUUCAGUUGUCCUUCCCAAGCCAAAGUUUAGAAGUUAUCAACCACAAGAUGAAAACUUACAAAAAGAGAAGCUGUUGGAUGCUGCACCGUCUUUAGUUGAAGAAGAAGUCAAAGAUAUAGUUGAAGCAGGCAAAGAAAAGGUAGUCUUACAAGAUUUAGAUAUAUCAAGUCUUGCACCUCGUAAACCUGAUUGGGAUUUGAAGAGAGAUGUCUCCAAGAAGUUAGAGAAACUGGAGAGAAGAACACAGAAAGCAAUAGCUGAACUAAUAUGGGAGAGACUGAGGCACGGCAAUGAAGAAAAUCUGAGUGCUAUGGUGACUAUGAAUGAAAAUAGAGUAGCAGAUGAGGAUUGAAAUAAAAACUACAGUAUUAAGGUCCGGAUUCGUCGGGGUCAUCAAUUUCGUUAUACGCAAAGUAAUUAUUGUCGACGUUGUAGAACACUACGCGGUCGCCGAUCGGUUGUAUCGGUCGAAAGUUGUGUGUAAUUUUUCCAUU